AUGGGAGAUCUUCAAAGAGUUCUUAGCAAAGGAGAAUAUGCCCCCUUCACAUCUGCUCCCAUGUUUGAGAGCAACUUUGUCCAGGUUAAUAGGAGAGGUGAACCAAUUUAUGUUCAUAACCGCCCCAACUGUGUGACUGUAGGCAUCUGUGCAUCCAGCCCCAGCCUAUCACUGCCCAAUGUGAUGCUGCUAGCACACACAGUGCCUACAUCUUCCCAGGAAGCUGUGUCAAAGUCCUGGAAGGCCUCAAAGCAGCCAUCUUCCAUGGAGCAGCUAGUACUCAGCAGGUUCUUCCCCUUGAAGUUUGUGGAGAUCACUGUUCACAAUGCUGAGAAGCGUCGCCUAAAGCUGAAGCUGGCAAGUGGCCGCUCCUUCUACCUGGAGCUCUGUGCCCCACCAGGCAAGCAGUGCCUCCUCUUCCGUCAAUGGUUGCGGCUCAUUUCUCUCUUGAAACUUCCCCAAGACCAGUACAACAAUACUCAAGUCAAUGUAGUGUAUGAGAAUUUUAAUGGGCAGCAAGCUGAGAGAAUGCAAGGCACAAGGAACCAGUCAGACAGCAGGGACACCCAGCUAGAGACUCUGAAUUCUACUGAUAUCUCAGAAUCAGAGAAGGAGGAAGUUGCUAAGCGAGCAUCCUCCAAGCGAGUCACCAUCUCUGGCAUAGUGGGUCCUACUGAAGAGUGUGGCAGCAGCAAGAGAGGACUGGCAGUUGCCUCACGCAGCUCCAUAAUAAAAGAGACCAAAAGAGAUCCCAAACAACAAAGAAAACAUCACCUGAAGGUAAAGAAGAGCAAGAGCACAGAGAGGAAGAAAUCCAGGGAAAAUGUAGCAGAUUAUAAAACAGAAAACAAUUUGCAGGCUUCAGGAAAUCAAAAGAGUGGCAGUAAAUCCGGAGUAAUCUGUUGCAAGUAG